AUGCGAGUGACUUUAGGCCAGCCAUUGUUAAGAGCUCCCCCACUCGUGAAUCCAGAUAUUGAUGGUUUCUUGUUUAAUAGGGAUGAGCCCCAUGAGUUGUUGGAGAAUAGUCUCACUCUGGCCUCCUCUAAAGUUGGGGAUGAUAAGAGUACUUUAAGGAUAAUAACAUUCAGCUUUCUCUCUCAAGAUGGCGGACAAAAAGCCCCCAAAGGAACCAAAAGAAAAGAGGGUCAAAAAGGGAAAAAAGAGAACAAAAAGGUAGAUGUGGCUGAAAAGGUAGUGAAAAAGCCUCGAAAGCACUGCAGUAGGAACCCAGUCAUGACCCGAGGGAUUGGUAGAUACUCCAGGUCUGCAAUGUAUUCCCGGAUAACCAUGUACAAGCAGAAAUAUGCUGCACCAAAAACCCAGAUUGAAAAGAAAAAGAAAGAGAAGGUGUCUGCUACUAUCUCAAAGUCAGUUGGUGGUGAUAAGAAUGGAGGAACCCGCAUGCUAAAGAUUCGCAAAAUGCCUCGGUAUUACCCUACUGGGGAUGUGCCUAGAAAGCUGCUAAGUCACGGCAAAAAGCCCUUCAGCCAGCAUGUCAGGAGACUUCGAGCUAGCAUCAAGCCAGGCACCAUUCUGAUCAUGCUCACUGGCCGCCACAGGGGCAUGCAAGUGGUUUUCCUGAAGCAGCUGGCUAGUGGCUUGCUACUCGUGACUGGACCUCUGACCAUCAACCGUGUUCCUCCGAGAAGGACCCAUCAGAAACUUGUCAUUGCCACCUCGACCAGGGUUAACCUUUCAAGUGUAAAAAUUCCAAAUCAUCUUACUGUUGCUUACUUCAAGAAGAGGCUCCAUAAACCUAGACACCAAGGAGGAGAGAUUUUUGACACAGAAAAAGAGAAAUACGAGAUUACAGAGCAGCACAAGGCUGAUCAGAAAACAGUGGACUCUCAGAUCCUGCCCCAAAUCAAGAAAAUUCCUCAGCUCCGUAGCUACCUGCGUUCUGUAUUAUCUCUCGCCAAUGAAGUUUAUCCUUACAAACUGGUGUUUUAAAUGCCUUCCAGAGAACUCUUAUUAAAA